GGCUUUGAAAUUUGAAUGCCUUUGAUUUUGUUAGUUUUAAAAUCAGUUAUCAGUGUAUACUUUUUCAACUUUAAUUUACCUUGUAACUCAUAAUAAUUUAAGUAGUUAAUUUUAUUAUAACAGAAUUAUUGCCGUUUCGAAACGUUGCGAACGUUGCAGACUUGUAGAACGAGUAUCGCACGCUGUGAGUGUUCGACGCGACUACAGCAGUAACAAUUACAACACCAUGGAAAAACUGGAAGAUCCCCGCAAACUGGUCUACAACCUCCAGAUCGCUGCCAACUCCGACCUGGAAUCUUUCCUGCAGCUCUCCGAGCCCUCUCCCCCCAGCUCCCACCGCCAGCAGGCCGCGGCCGCCGCUCCUGCCCGCACCAGCGACGAGCGUUUCCAGUCCGCGCUGCAGAUCUUCACGCAGCAGGGCGACACUUCAUCCUUCCAGAACAUCGAAGACACCAUCGAGGCCUCCAUGACCUACGUGCCCCAUCUGCGGGCCUUCGUCAAAGCCCUCGAGUCCACCGUGGACGAGUUUCUGGAAGCGGAGGACAAGGGCGGUCUGCCCAAGGAGGAUAUUAAACAGUUGGUGCAGCAUCUACACACUGCUUUGCACAGCACCAUCGAUGUGCAGGCCGAUCGCAAGGUUCUGCAAGAGUUGUUGGGACUGCUGCGUGAAUUACCAGCCAGUAAUGUAGGGCCGAUUGAAGUGGCGGAGGGGGGCCAUGGGACGCGGAGGGAUUUGGAUAGCGAUGAGGAGGAAGGGAUGGAGGAAGAGGAGAAUCCCGAAGAUGAUGAAAACGACGAAGCAGAAGCGGAGAACGAGGCCGCCAACGAGACGGCGCGGGUGAUUUCGCAGUACAAGAAUGCACAGUUUCUGGAAGAUAAGAGGAAGGGGUUCCUGGUGGGACUGCGUAAGGAGCAGGAAGGUAAUGCGCUAACGCUGAAGAGGGUGUUGGACAAGAUUCUGGACAAACGAGGCUAUAAAUGGAGCCUGACGGAGGACGGGGUGAUUAAGGAGAGUAAACGCCCGUCGACGGUGCUGGCUAGCCAGGUAGUCCAGCGCAUCCUGGAUGAUCCCAUCACGAAGUCCCCCAUCAGCACUGAUCCGGUACGGAGUCGGGUCUGUAAGGGGCCGCAUAUCUACGAGCGGGCUUCCAUCCUGCAGCUGAUCGCCCAGCGCGGCGGCAAUCCCACUAAGUGCGCCUACUUGGGCUGCGGUGUGGUCAUCCAUGAGCGGGAUCUCAUCGAGGAUGCGGAUUAUGCCCGCUUCUUGGCACGCAACACCGCCGCUGGUGGGCCGGCGGAUAAUCAGGCCGAGCCGGAUGAGGUGGAGCGGACGCAGCAGAUGGAUGAUGACGAAGAGGAAGAGGAUUAACGGAAGGUGUGGACUGUGCAAUGGCUACGUAUACUUCGAAGUAUACCGAGAAACGCGACUAGCCGCUACUUUUUCUUCUACAUUACGUUCUUUCGGGUUAAAUUGCCCUGAUGCACCACUAAAAUUGAAAUGCACCAUUUGAUUUAGUGAACUGUAGUUCGAGCCUCUUUUUCUAGUAAUGUCUUUAGUAGUACGAUUUCUGCUUAGCAGAGAGUUGAUAGUUGUGUUGGUUCUCAGUUGUUGAAUUGCAUUUCCAGAGAAAUAAUCUCAUAGCAAUUUCUAUGAAAUGAAUUAUUGCUGUACAUAGAAAUAUUACUGAUUGGAAGUGCCAACAAU